AUGUUGCUACUAGUUCUCUGCUUUUUGAUGAGCGCCUUCACCGCGCAACGCACUAAACAACCCACAUCCGACUGCGGAGUCGCAAACUGCGCCCAGUGCGUCUCUGGCGACAACACAAAGUGCGAGACGUGUAGCCCUGGCUUCGACCUCAGCAACGACAAGACGCAGUGCAACCAGAGGCCCGCGUCCAACUGCGGAGUCGCAAACUGCGCCCAGUGCGUCUCUGGCGACAACACAAAGUGCGAGACGUGUAGCCCUGGCUUCGACCUCAGCAACGACAAGACGCAGUGCAACCAGAGGCCCGCGUCCAACUGCGGAGUCGCAAACUGCGCCCAGUGCGUCUCUGGCGACAACACAAAGUGCGAGACGUGUAGCCCUGGCUUCGACCUCAGCAACGACAAGACGCAGUGCAACCAGAGGCCCGCGUCCAACUGCGGAGUCGCAAACUGCGCCCAGUGCGUCUCUGGCGACAACACAAAGUGCGAGACGUGUAGCCCUGGCUUCGACCUCGACGAAAACACAAAGCAGUGCAACCAGAGCCCUGCGUCCAACUGCGGAGUCGCAAACUGCGCCCAGUGCGUCUCUGGCGACAACACAAAGUGCGAGACGUGUAGCCCUGGCUUCGACCUCGACGAAAACACAAAGCAGUGCAACCAGAGCCCUGCGUCCAACUGCGGAGUCGCAAACUGCGCCCAGUGCGUCUCUGGCGACAACACAAAGUGCACAAAGUGCCAAAGUAACUACUUCCUCACUCCAGAGAAGAACGCUUGCUUGACGUCUUGUCCGGCCGGGUCGUACGCGGUUGGGCAAACGUGCGCGCCCUGCGACUCCUCCUGUGCGGAGUGCAGCGGGGCCGGCGCUUCCAAGUGCACGGCCUGUCCCGCCGGGAAGAUGCUGAGGUACGCCGACGAGAGCAAGCUUAAUGAGGGCGGCCAGUGCGUGGAGCAAUGCGUGGAAGGCCCGGAGUGCGAGACGUGCGGCCUAACAAUUGGAGGUACCAAGUACUGCUCGAAGUGCAAGGGGAGCAACGUGCCGCUCAAUGGCGUCUGCACAAGCAAUGCGGCCAGGACUCUGUUCUGCACCACUGCCGCUAACGGUGCCUGCACGGCCUGCGCCGCCGGAUACUUCAUCCAGGAGGGCGGAUGCUACAAGACUGACAGGCUCCCCGGGAAAAGCAUCUGCACAACUGACAAUGGAGGGAAAUGCCAAACGUGUGCUAACGGACAAACCCCAGACGGAGGGACUGGAGUGUGCCCGCUGUGCGACUCCACCUGCAAGACGUGCGCAGCAGGACAGACACAGCAGUGUCAAACUUGCUUCUCUGGGUACUAUAAGUCUGGAACAAAGUGUGUGAAGUGUGAUGCUAGUGACGGCCAAAUUACUGGCGUAACCGAUUGCGUGAGUUGUGCUCCCCCGUCUACUAAUCAGGGACCUGUCACCUGCUAUGUGAAGAUGGAUGGCAGCAGUGGAGGGAGUAGCACGAACAAGAGCGGCCUCAGCACAGGGGCCAUAGCGGGCAUCUCCGUUGCUGUGAUUGUCGUAGUCGGGGGCCUCGUUGGCUUCCUUUGUUGGUGGUUCAUCUGCCGGGGCAAAGCGUAG